AUGGGGUACAAUCCACCAGGGGGCGGUGUGGGUGCACCAGUGAGGGAGCUGCAUGAGGAGGAGGGUCUAUAUGGUGGAGAGGUCAUUGUGGAGAAUGAGGAAGUAUUUAAUAAGAUUAAGGCCAAGAACGCUCUGGCUCAUGCUGUUCAUUCGGCUCAUCAUGACUGUGAUCUGCUCAGAGAGCCGUAUGAGGAGGAGCAGGAGGCCAAAGCUGAGCUGCAGCGUGCUAUGUCCAAGGCUAACAGCGAGGUGGCUCAGUGGAGAACCAUGUAUGAAACUGAUGCCAUUCAGCGCACUGAGGAGCUCGAGGAGGCCAAGAAAAAGCUUGCCCAGCGUCUUAAGGAUGCGGAAGAGUCCAUCGAGGCCGUGAAUGUGAAAUGUGCCUUUCUGGAGAAGACCAAACAGAGGCUACAGGGGGAAGUGGAGGUCUUGAUGAUUGACGUGGAGAGAGCUAAUGCUCUGGCUGCAAACUUGGACAAGAAGCAGAGGAACUUUGACAAGGUUCUUUCAGAGUGGAAGCAGAAGUAUGAAGAGAAUCAGGUCGAGCUGGAAGGAGCUCUGAAGGGGUGCUUUGAACACAGAGAUGUUCAAAAUGAAAAACUCCUAUGA